AUGUCCAUGAAUUACACAUGUAAUCAAUUCGACAAAGCGUAUCAACCGACGAGAUUGGGAAAUUGGGAAGUUCCGAAAUGGCAUCUUAAUCGUCCGAAAGGCCGUUCGACCGUUACGAAAGUCAUUGCUAACGACAGGGGACAUUUGUUGCCAGGGGUGCAAAAAACCGAUCAGAAGCAUUGGGCUGGUCUCUAUUUGGGAACGUAUCAGUUACCGAAACGCAUAUCAAAAGAAAUCGCUACAGAACUGUCUGGUCCGAAAUGUCAGACGUGGAUGAAACGUUCGUAUCACCACCCGUUCAUCGACCGUAGCCAACGAAACAAGACCGAGAACGGCGAGAACAAUAAUAAACUGGAACAAAUUAAUACCAAUAAAGAACAACGACAACAACCUUUAGCUAACGAAGACACUGACAGGGAUUCGAUAAAAUCCGUAAAGUAUGCGGUGUCGGAUAUGCGAGCGCCGAACAUUUGCAGGAUCAACACGAUCAGGAAUUGUGCGUCGGCGGACGGCCGCGGACCUUUGAAUUCAACUACAGACGUCAACGGCGGCAGCGACGAAUGCGACAGUGGCGGCACUCGUAGUACUAGACAGCGCGAAACAGUCGACGGCGGUGCGAAAACUCCGUCCAGCCCCGCGCUGAGUCGCAUAAGUGCGAGCUGCGGCCAACUGCAGACCGCCGGUGUGGACGACGAGGACGCACGGCCACCAGUGGCCGGUUGCCAGGAGGGACCGACGGGACGCCGGUACGGGGACGCGCAGAGACACCACGGGCUGCCGGACGCCAUCGAGGAUGCGGUGUACCGGUCGCUGCAGACCAAACGGCACAAACACCCGGGACUGGGACUGAACGGCUGCUGGCCCAAGUGCUCUGCGGUGGCGUACAAGUCGUUCAACGACCCGGGCCCGACGCAGUGCAGCAAGCUCCGGGUGUACAGGCCGAAAACGUCAUCAUCGUCGUCGCCGCCGCCGCCGGCCGAUGACGGUGACGAGAAAAAAGAUCCGACCCGGAGGCGUAACAAAAACCCGUCGCGGCCCAAGACGUGCGGACCCGUCAUGACGGCGCAACAGUUGACCGACAUCAAGCUGGCCCUGUGCUGGGACCUGGACGCGCCGUUCGACCGAAACCGACCGCCGCGGCCGCCCGACGAGCCGGCCGUGUUUCACAAGGUUCGGCAGCAACUGCAGCAACAGCAAUUGCAGCAGCCGUGCGGGGGACCCGCGGCACCGGCGGCGGGAAAACCACAAAACUCGUCGGCCGUCAUGGGAUUCGUGCAGACGGCCGGGGAGGCCAGAAACUGUAACGACGACGACGGCGAAGUCGUGCCGGAAGCGCGGCGGACGCAGACACGCGAGUGUCUGAUGAAAAAUCGCAAUCUGUCGGCCGUCAUGGAACUGAUACCGAACAAGGACCGCGACGGCGGCAGUAGACCCGCCGGUGUGGCCACUGCGGCGGACGUCGACGACACCGCGGCCGCCGCAGACCAAACUGUACUUUCGAACGACAAACCGUCGUCGUCGUCGUCGUCGUUGUCGGACGGUCGCCGCAAAAACGGUGUGGACGGUAACGACCGGAACGACGACGUCUACAAAUCUGACGAUCACGACCAAGUCCAAGUCGAGGACAUGUCGAACAAACUCGGUUUGGAGCAGUGUCCGGUCGCCGGGUCGCCGUCCCACCGACGCCGUCAUCGGACCGCGCAACACCACACCUCCGCCGCCGCCGCCGCCGCCGCAGAAAAGGAACCGAAACACAAGCGGCACGGCAGACACGCCUGCCGACCUUGCCUGGCCUGCGACCAUCCGAACGCGGUCGCCAGCUGCAAGAGGGACGACGAAUGUGAGCACUACAAGAUGGCGUUCAAGGCGGGCGUGCCGGUCAGCACGCCGGUCAGACUGCGGACGGCCGCGGCCGGCAAACCGGCCAAGCACCUAAAGGUGCCCAAACCGAAGACCACCAACUCGGACAAGAAGAAAUACGUCAUCGGCACUCUGCUGCCGCCGUUCUCGAUGUGGCCCGGCACCACGGCCCGGGACUACCCGGAACACUGGAGGCUCACGUCCGUGUACAGGCAAGCGUUCAAGCCGCUUGAGCUGCGCAAACAGCCUCUGCUCCAGACCGUUUACCUGUAGACGACGACGGUGCAAAACGAGGGGAGAGGGCAGUGAGUUUAUCUAGAUUUAGAUACUAUUAUAGGCAAUAAGUAUAUUUAGGUUCGGUUCGUUAUCCAAUAUUGGAUAUUAAUUUUGUUAAGUAGCUCCUCCAAAAAAUAAUUAAAAAUAAAUUUGUUAUGGACUAUACAAAGUUUGCUGAAUCAGCAAGUAUAAUAUAAAAAAAUCGAAUUCGCGUUUCAUAUAGGUAAUAUUAAUUUCAACUAUAGUUUCGUGAUUCCAAGACGCAUGAAACUGUGUUGUUAUAUAGUUUUAAAGUUAAAACGACCAGUUUACUUUAUCAAUGUCAAUAUAACUCAUUAUUGCCUAUUUGGCUUUCAAAAAUUAAAAAUAUACCAGCUGCAGCAUUAUCAAGGGUCACUUUUCAGAAAGAUGCGAUUUAGAGUAAAUAAUAAGAAACAUUCUAACUUUCAAAAUGUCCACUUACGAAAUAGAUUUUUAUUGGCCAUGAUGGUUAUUUUUACUCCUUAGUAAUAUUGUAGCUAUGGUGUGCCAAUAACCAAUCAUCAUUGGUUACCAGUGUAUCUAUGUGUGAAAAUUCCGAAGCAUUUGAAAUAUACGCGUAUUACUCUUUAUACGUAAUCUAUACAUUUUAAUUGUUGUGUAAUUUUAGUUUAUCUUUAUAGUUACCUACACGUACAAUUGGUUUAAAUUUGUUUGCUGCCCUUAAUUAGAACUUUAUAGAUGAUUCGGUUCACUCGAAACAUUGAUUUGCCGUGCGGAGAGGGUGGAAAAACAUAUUUUUUCAGACCUUUCCACACACGACCCACACAUUGUAAAUAAUUUAGACUUUUUUGUUAACAUUUUUCUUGGAUACGUUAUUGUACACGUGAUUAAUUUGAAUUUUUUUAACCUUACGUCGGUUUUCUGAAAAAUUGUUUUAUCCUUAUUGAAGGAUAUAAGCUAACGCAUCUUUUCAAUCCCGCACAUCUUAAUUCUUAACCAUAGAUAGAAAUAAAUCUACUUAUAAACACACAAUUAUAAUUAAAACAUUAAUUUGAACAAUAUUAUGUUAAAUACUUGUAUACCUACACUAAUCACACCCGCGCGUAUUAUACAUAUUUAUUUAUUUUUCUUACAGGAUUUUACAAAUCACAAAUACCAAAUUACAUAGUAUUCAAAAUAUCUGUUAUAUCUAAGUACAAUUUUGAUUCGCGACCAGCUACAUAAUAUUACCCACCUCCUUGAUAAAAUACAAAUAAUACCACUAUGUAUAGAAAAUUACAGAAAUUCUAGAUUUUUGUACGGUAAAAAUGUGCAAAUAAUUCUUAAACAUCGAUGGGUAGGUUGGGCUCCAUGAUGAAAUAUACGUAUAUAAAUAUUGCUCUUUUAACAAUUUUCUAAUACUCGACUUUUUAAAAAAAUUAAUACGUAAAAAUAUAACAUGACAAACACAUUUUGUAUUUGUCUAAUGCAUAUGU